AUGCGGAAGCCAAAGCAAAAGAUUUUGAAAGGCAAGACAGUACUGAAAGGCGUCCACAACCACACACCCAAAAAGAAGAUCCACAUGUCACCCACCUUCCAGUGGCCCAAGGCACUGCUUCUCAGAAGACAGCCCAAAUAUCCUCGGAAGAGUGCUCCCAGGAGCAAAAAGCUUGACCACGAGGCUAUCACGUUCCCCCUGACCACUGAGUCAGCCACAAAGAAGAUCAAAGACAACAACACACUUGUGUUCACUGUGGAUGUCAAGGCCAACAUGCACCAGAUCAAAGAGGCCGUGAUGCAGCUCUAUAACACUGAUGUGGCCUAG